CUCACCGUGCCGCAGCUGAAAGACAAAGUUAUUUUUUUUACUUUUUCAUUUAAUUUUUUAAAACUAAAAUGUCGGGCGGUGCGGACUGCGAGGGCUCUUACUCCAAACUGAUAGACGACGAGGUUUAUUUCGACGAGCUGAGCCGCAGAGCAGAUGUGGGACACAGCGCGUCUCCAGGUCAAGCUGUCGGUGCGGCCGAGCGGCCCGGGCCUCUACCGCCUGGCCACCAUCUGCCUGGCCGCGCUCUGCGCCGUCCUGCUCAUCUCCAUCAUCGCCGUCGCCGCACACAAUAAGAAGACGGCAGCGGGAGGCGGCGAGCAGAGCUCGGCGGGGACGGACCCUCAGGUCCAGAGGCAGAGGCAGGACGUGGCGAACAUCACGGCGCUGACCGCCGCGCUCAGCAAACUGCAGCAGGAGAAGGUCGAGCUGCAGCGGGAGAGAGACGAGCUGCUCGCCAAACUCAACGCCAAGCCCGCCACCACAGCUCCUGAGGUGAUCAAGCCACGAACAGCAGCGACAACAACGACAACAACAACGACAGCGCCACCUAUCGUCUGCCCAGACGACUGGCACCUCUUCAACAGCAGCUGCUAUUUCAUCUCCAGAGUCUCCAGAGACUGGAUGGAGAGCCAGACCUUCUGCCAGAGCAAAGGAGGCCACCUGGCCAUCAUCCACAGCGCCGAGGAGCAGACGUUUCUGUGGGAGCUGCUCCCCAGAGGCCACUGGAACGCCUACUGGUUUGGGAUCAGUGACGAGCACACGGAGGACGAGUGGAAGUGGGUGGACGGCACGCCGCUGGUCGGAGGUUUCUGGGAGGAGGGCGAGCCCAACAACCACAUCGACGAGGACUGCGGCUACAUCGUCAAAACCCGCAAACUGGAGCGCGUGGCGGUGAAGAGCUGGUACGACGCCCCCUGCACCAUGUACUGGCCCUUCAUCUGCGAGAAGGAGAUAGGAACCGCCGCCGCCAACACCACCGCCACCGCCGCAGCAGCAGCUCAGUAACACCAGGAGGAAGGACGGUGAGGCGGUGGGAAGUUUGUCAGCUGUUAACACGCCGGCAGGGGAGCUGCUGCUUUUCUCACUUUGCUCGUAAAAACCGAGAGUCAGAGAGGUCGGCGUGCUCCAAAUGAAAAGCAGAUUUCACCGCCUGCACGCUGCGAGAGCGCUCGACCCAGCGUCUCUGCAGCUUCAGUCCGACCUGCUGAACUGAUCAACCAGCUGCCGCACUCCUGCUCCUCUCCACACAUGAGAGGAGCUUUUUUUUAUUAUUAUUAUUAUUGUCCAGAACAAUCACAAGAUGCCUUAUCAUUCCUACAGUCAGGUGACUUUUAUUUCUCCUCUGUGAAAGCCUUGGUCGAGGAUGAUGGUGCUCACACAGACGAAAGGUGUGUUAUGGCUUUGCUGCAGUGUCUCUGUGCUUUAAGCCACAUCUUGUGCAUCAGGGAUCAGUUUCAUUCAUUUUUUCUUAACACGUGAAAUUAAAAUUAAACUUCUCAUCAAACAGGGACGAUGUCACUUUUGCAGCUCUCUUUAGCUCGCUGCACGCCGUCCGGUCUCUUUCCACUGCGCAUCAAAUGAAAGUCACUGCAUUCAUUCGAUGGAUGUAUGAAUAUGUAUAAUAUGAUUUAAUGUUUUAGUGAAGAAACCACUGCAGAAAAACAGAUGCUUUGUAUUUCCUAUAAUGCACUUAUACAUAUCAGUGAUUUAAGGUGUUCAUCAGGCUGUCUUUGUUUGCUGUUUGUUUGUUUGGUUGAUUGAGUCUUUAUUGUCCACACAUGAAUCAAAGAUGUGAAAUUAUACAGAAAUGUGUUCUGUGAGUUUUGUAAAUAAGAGAAUAAAAAAAUAAAGAUAAUUUCUGUAAGUGAA